CUAAAUUUUCAUGUUUAAUGUUCUAAAAAACUUCUUACAUAAUUACCUUGUUUUAAUGGAAAUUUAUGAAAAUUGAUCCACUAAGAUUUCAAGUUCUUGAUUAGUCUCAUGAAUGAUUUCACUUUAGCAAGAAUGUCAUGUUUUCGCUUUUGGUUUUCAAUCUAGUAUCUAGUACUCGUAUUAGGGCCCGAUAAAUCGGAACUUGUGGCGGAAAAUCCCACCUUGAGAAUAAAGUGCUCCCUAACAACGGCAAGUCUGUACCCAUGGCUCGUACCCGAGAUCUCUAGGUUAAGAUGGAGGAGUACUUAUUACGUACUCCACCCGCAUGGUCACAAGAAUGUCUUGUUGCUCAUCAUGCAAGAGAAGUGAAAUUGAAUUUCUUUUCUUUUUUUGCUCUACUGUGGCUUUAUGCAAAAUUGAACAAUAUUGCUGAUGUAAAAAGUUGUCAUGGCUUGUUUAGUUCUUCUUUGUUUUUUUUCUCUUUUCCAAAUGUAAAUCCUUUUGGAACUUUUUGUUUUUAUUGAAAGAAAUAGAAUUGCCAAUUCAAAGAGUUUAUCUAUUCUCUUGUCAAGAAUAAGGUGACAGUUCUCAAAGGAGGAGGAGGUAGCACGUUGUUUUGAUGAAUCAGUUUGCUGAAUUCCUAAAAUGGGAAAGAGAAGAAGCUGGUUUACAUUUGUGAAAAGACUACUAUUCAUUCCUGAUGCAAAACCAAAGGCUGAAAAGAAACCAAAGAGAUGGAAAUGGUUUUUGGGAAGGUUGAAGUUCAAGCAGUGUCCUCCAGCAAUUGAAGCACCUCAGAAAACACUAACUGAGGCAACAGAACAACAAAAGAAACAUGCUAUGGCUGUUGCUUUAGCAACAGCAGCUGCAGCCGAGGCUGCUGUUGCUGCUGCCAAUGCUGCAGCCGAAGUCGUCCGCCUUACUAACGCUCCGUAUGAGCUCGAGAGGAAACGGAGAAAUGCUGCCGUCAGAAUCCAAAGCGCUUAUCGCGCACAUCUUGCACGGAAAGCAUUAAGUGCCCUGAAGGGACUCGUGAAGCUUCAAGCAGUAAUUCGAGGUGAACUUGUGAGACAAAGACUCGUCGCCAAAUUGAAGUUUAUGCUGCCCUUUCAAACGCCAAAACCGCGAGUUUAUCAUAUCAGAGUUCCUACUGUUGAAGAAUACUUUGAGAGUAUCGAAAAGAAACUUGAUGAUAGCUCGAAAGAAAGCGUGGAGUCUAAUGAACUAAAACUAAAAUGCAACAGCCAAAGGACUUGGAAUUUCAGUUUGGCCACAAAGGAAGAUAUUGAAGCCUUGUGUUUAAGAAGACAAGAAGCUGUUGCCAAAAGAGAGCGUAUGAUGAAAUACUCAUUUUCACAUCGGGAGCGGAGAAAUGAUCAUGUUAUGCAAGAACCGUUAAUCUUUAAGGAAAAUCGAAGAAGCUCCAGGUUCGAUCAAUGGGGAAAAGCGGAGCUAUUUGAGCAAUUGAGGUCAUUUUCAGACUUGAGUAGUCCUCUAGGUGACAUGAACCAAAUGACACAGCUGAAAAUGAGACAAGUGCGUAAACAAGAUUUCGUAGAGGAUUUAAAUUCUCCGUCAUCGCUUCCAAGGAAAUCAUUUUCCCAUGUGAAACAGAAAUCAAGUGGUGAUGAUAUCUCUUUACCAAGUUCUCCCAUGUGUCCUACUUACAUGGCUACUACAGAAUCUGCAAAAGCAAAGACGAGAUCGAUGAGCACACCGAAGCAACGACUAAUGUUACACGAGACAUAUUCAGGUCAAAAUUCUCCUUCCAUGCUCAAGCAUACUUCUUGGACUUCAUUUAAUAGUGAAGUGAACAGCAGUACCAAAAAGAGUGAAAUUUCUCAGCAGACAGCUAUACAUAAAAGGUUCUACCGAGAUUGAAAAGCUUAUCAUGCAUUGCUCGCUCAGUUGCUCGAUAGUUCCAGCAAGGCUAAACAGAAACUUCAAGCUUUUCGUCAUCAGAUGUGGAACUUGAAAACAAAUAAUCAAGAAGCAGCUACAAUCUGGAUUUUAAGCUGCGUGUGUAAAUUAUACAAAUCGAUUGUGGAAAAGAAGCAUUUUUUGUUUUUUUGUUUUUGUUUUCUGAUUUUAUACUCUUACAGACAUCAUAUAUAUAAAUAGUUCAAAAUAUCUCCUUUUUGUUUGUUUUUGCCUAAUUUUGUGUGCUUCAGAGAGUUUGAGUCUGUUGGAGGUAGUGAUGGUUGGUUUCGUUUGAUGGUUUUCUCCUGUAAACAUUUUACUUUCAAUUUUACAUAUAGAUUUACUCCCGUGCCAGGCUA